UAACAUAAAAACCUAAUAAUAUAUAACCUAAUAAUAAUAAGAAUAAAGAUAUUUAUAUCUUCUAAAUAACAUUCAUUAUUAAAAUGCUUAAUCCAGAAAUAUGGAAUUUCAAACCACCUCAACAUUAUUUUUCGACUGAAGAAAAAGAUUACAAGAAAACUGAUAUACCGAAUAUAAUCAAAUCACAUUAUUUUAACCAUUCAAUAUCCUUGAUACUUCCUGAUACAAUCAGAAUUCCGAAUGAAUUGCGAAGUUGUAUUUUUGAAGAUAGUGAUUAUUAUCGAAUUAAUAAUUUAAAUGUAUCUGAAUUAAUAAAUAAAGAAUUUAUAGAAGCAUUCGUGAAGAAAGGAGAACUAACACUUUUAACUAUAGAAAAUAAAAUAGAUUUAGAUAAUUCAGUUGCUAUUACUCCAUCUGGACAUUUAAUAUUAUCAUUAUUAACAGAAGAUUUUCAAAAAUUGGGAUUAGAAGGAAAAGUUUCUUUUUUCGAUCGUAAAAUGCAUACACGUUAUGUCACAAUAAUUGACUUGAAAUCUGAAAAUUUUACAUCUAAGAAAAAUUAUGAACAUAUUCAAACAUCAUUGAAGAAGCAUUUUGAUAAAAAAUUUAAUAUAAUUAUUUCAUGGAAUCCAUCAGAAGAAAAUGUAUGUCCAUCAUCUGUGGCAGCAUGGUUUCACAAACGUAAAUAUAAUGUAUUUCUUUGUCAACAAGUUUUUUUACAAAGAACUGAAUAUUCUUUAUCAAUACCAAUAAUUUCCAAUGAAUCCGAUCAUGAUAAAUUUUUUGAAUGGCUUGGAGUUUUUACUAUAUGUGGUGAUUUAAAAAAUAAUAUAGAAAAUGAUUAUGUAAAUACAUAUAAAUGUCCACUUCCAUCUAUGAAGGUUGGUCAAGUACAAUAUUUACAAUGGACUGGUUUUUUCACAAGAAAUCAGAUAAAAAAUUUAUAUAAUGUUAUGAAUGAAUAUAUAUCAACAAAAAAUACUUUACCAUGGAUUGCUUUACAUGUUCAAGGAUUUCUAGAUAGUCCUGUUAGUUGGGAUCUAAAAGAACAUACAUUUUAUACUGAUGGUGAUAAUAGUUAUACUAUUGUAUUUAGACCAGCUAGUCAUUCUAUUAUUUAUAAAAGUUUAAGUUCGAAUAAUAAACCAAGAAUUUUUCAAUAAUUAUAAAUUUUAUUGUAAUUGAUAAUAAAUA